AUGGGCAUCGAAUAUGGUUACGAGAUUCCCAUUUCCAACUCCGUCGAACUUGAGCAUUGGAUUCAAGAAGGUCUGGAAGAGGACCUGAGACGCAAAGAAUACCUUCGAGUAGUCGAAGAUUGCUUAGACUUCCACGAUGAUGUACGCUCGCUUAGUUAUCGCAUACCCGCGGAGGACAAGGACUCUACCGCCAUUGCCAGAAUGGUUAUCGCCCUUCGGCUCGCGGAAUGCAUCAAGAAUGCCCCUCUGCCCGAGUGUCAUCGUGGGCAGCGCCAUUUAGAAGUUCCUUCGUAUGACACACUAUCGACACCUUUCACGGUCGACCGGCCCCCGGACCGUGCUCUUUAUUCCGUAUCACAUGCGAGUAGCAGGCAAUCAUCCGAUGCAUGGUUCAGCGGCCUAUCCAAACUCAUCCCUGUGCUUGAGAUGAAGGGUCAUUCCGCCAAGAUGUCAUCGCCGACGCCGGUCAAGAUUGCUCUUCUCGACACCGGCCUCAAUGAGAAGUACAAGGGGUGGGUUCCGCCAACAAAUUAUCACGAUUUCAUCGAUCCCAGUCAGACAAACUAUCAGGAUACGACAGACCACGGGACCAAGAUGUUUAGGGUGUUGCGACGAGUCUACAGCAAUGCCGAGAUCUACAUUGGCCGUGUCUUCGAAACCAAGGAAGCUAGCCAGCAAACGGCGGACUUGAUGGAGAAGGCUAUCAACCAUGCCGUCAGUAGCGAGGGAUGGGCCGUGGAUAUCAUCGCCAUGCCCUCAGGGUUCGAGACUGUCCACGAUGGUAUCCUCAAAGCGAUAAUAAAUGCCACCAGCAAUGGCGAAAAGCCCGUGCUUAUCUUUGCAUCCCCGUCCAAUUGGAGCAACACCCGCGAAGUUGCUUUUCCCGGCCGUCUCUAUAAGCAUGGCAGGCUCAUAUCCAUGUUCUCGACUACAUCCAGGAACAAGCCGACACCCGAGUUCAACCCUGCCCCUAGCAGUCCGGGUAGAUACAACUUGGCUAUAUUCGGAGAGCGUGUGAUUAUUCCACCCGAUCAAGAACCACUAGAUGGCACAUCGGUGUCCACCAUGAUUGGCGCGGGCCUCGCUGGACGUAUCCUAUCUUUUGCCCACCACCCGGACAACGCCGACAAGAUCCCAAGCCUGAGUCACCUGAGGCUGACCGAGGGCAUGUCCAGUGUGUUCAAGGCCAUGUCGUUUCAUGAGAACGGGUACGAUUGUGUCCAACCCGAGCUCCUACUGCCACCGGAUCACGUCAAGAGUGAUACUGGGGUCUAUAUUGAACGAGUACGUGAGACCAUCAGGACUCAGCUGGACAAUCUCUACAGGUAG